AUGCGAUCGUGGAAGACGGCGGUAUUACGGGGAACAUGUGCUAUGUUCGGCAACCGUUGCUGUUACUUGCUUCAUCAUCAUUAUCAUCAUCAUCAUCAUCAUCAUCAAUUACUUCCGAUGGGAUUACUAUCAGUCAUUCCUGCUAUUAUAAUUAUUUUAAUAACUGUUAUCAUUGGUACUGGGGUAGAGGCUAUACAAUUUGCCGAUUCAUUUCCAUCUUCAGGACGGUAUGGUCCGGAAGGUAUUUCUACUGGAAUGCGAAUACAACGGAAUGCUAGCAGUUAUCUUGUCCAACGAUUACGUGAUUUAAGACGAGGUAGAAAAUCGAACGAUUUACAAGCUAACAAUAUUCGAAAUGAGAAUGAUAUAAUAAGUAGCGAAAGAUUUACGGGAAAUGAUGCAUCAACUGAUCGAAACAUGCAAAUCGGUAAGGAUCGAUUUGCGGGAUUUCGAUUUCUGGGUCGUAUGACCACCAUUGGGGACAAGCAACAACAAACGCUGGAGAGAAAAUCAAAGUUGCUUCAACAAACACAGAAUAUGAUAUUAACUGGUUCACCUCCGGUUCCGAAAUCAAUCCCGUUAAAUUUUUCAAGGUUAACGAACCGACAAGAUUGUAACAGCAGUGACUGUUUGAAAAAUAAUGAUGCCAUAUCGUUGUACAUACCACAGGAAAAUAGCACCAACGAUGGGCAACCCCCACCACUGCUUCUGCUAAGCAAUAAUCCUUCGAGUAGUAAUAACCGGAUAAAUCGUAAUUCUCAAGAGAGUACUACACUGAAACUUCCCAAAUUGCAUACUGGAAUUAAGGUAAUGGGACCGGGCGUUCAGGAACCUCAAAAUCCAAUUCCAUUGCCUCCCCCAGAUAUUCCCUACCAUAAUUCACAAACAAACUCAAAGAACAACGGUGAAUACGGUGGUGUGAAAUUAUCCGGAGUAGGACUAAUACCACCAUUUGCUGGUGGUGCCGAAUUGACUGAUUUCAUACAACCUAUUGAUACGGCAUUGCAAACCCAUCAUAUAUAUGAAAAUUCAAAUCAUAUUUCAUCUAUUGCCUACAACGGUAAAAACAAGCACUAUUUGUUAUCAGCCUCUGGAAAUCGUGGUAUUUACAAUGACUUUCAUCCAGCACCAUUGAUACCAUUCAGUCCAAAAUUGGAAAUUUAUGAAUCAGUAACUUUAUCAUCUCCUUCUAUUUAUUCCACUUAUUCUGCUCAAAGUAUCGAUUAUCAUCCUACAUCAUCAUCAACCUACGGAUCACAAUAUGACUCACAUUCGGUAAGUCUUCUCUUUAAUGAAUUAUACCACCGCUUAAUUACUUAUGUCGCUUUCAUUUUAUUCAUUAACUCUUACUUUUUUUUCCUGCAAGCGAAAAAACGAUCAUAA